AUGGGAAAGAGAGACUCGGAAAUCACAAACGCCGCGGAACAUCAACCUCAACACCCCAUCACUUCCAAAGUGACCAUGCUGUCACCGGAUAUUACGCGCGGGGUCGGCCUCGUGGUACAUUUUCGGGCCAAACACAAUAGCGACACGACAACCACAAACGCCUCCACCGUCACUCCUUUUGCAACUACUGCGACAACCGCCAACGGUGAACAAACUUCCGACGUCCCGCCGCCACUGGCACACGUUAACACCUCCAUCAUUACGGCCACAACGCCCGUGACUAUGACUAAGACCAAGCCCAUUCCCACCACCGAUGAGAACACGACCGAGCCCUCACUAACGGCCGCCAACACUCAUUAA